AUGGCUGUAGAUGGGAAUCCUGCUACAUGCGCAAGGCCUGAUGUAAUUGGUCCUAAUAGUCGAUAUCAAAGGGCUCAGUGGUACGUGGAUCUAGGUGACAUGGGCAGCAUAUACAGCAUAAAGAUACAGUUUGAGGACAUGGGUGAAACAUAUGUCAUGAGACAAAGGGGAAGAUAUGCUGGAUUUUCUCUUUACCUUUCAAAUUCAACUACAAAAGAAGAGGGAUAUAUGUGCUACAAAGACGGACCAGAUUUACCUCCCUUAAAUUUCACGACAAAAUGUGUAGGAUACGGACGAUUUGUCAUCUAUUACAAUGAAAGACUGAGUGGAGUAAAGUAUCCAGAAGGUUAUGAAGAAAUGUCUUACUCUCAGUUGUGUGAAGUCAUAGUUGAAGGAUGCUCUUCAGGAAAGUAUGGAGAAAAUUGUAAAAUGAAUUGUUCUCCAAAUUGCUUUGGAACUUUAUGUGAUAUUAUCGAUGGUAAAUGUAUGAAAUGCAGGCCGGGAUGGGAGGGAGAAAAGUGUCAAUCAUCUUGCCUUAAAGAAUCGUACGGUCAGGACUGUAAAUUUCGAUGUUCAGGACAUUGUAAAGAUGGACAGUCAUGUGACCACGUGACGGGUGAAUGUGUCAAAGGAUGUGUCUUGGGAUGGACAGGAUCUAUGUGUAAUAAAACGUGUGACAAUGGACAUUAUGGCAUAAAUUGUUCUUCCAAGUGCAGUGGGCAUUGUUUAUACGACAAAGCUUGUAACAAGGAAACUGGACACUGUGACUCGGGAUGUAGUGAUGGAUUUUUGGGAGAUUUGUGUCAGAACGAAUGUACACCCGGGUGGUUUGGAGAGGGCUGUAAAGAGAGCUGUAGUGGACACUGUGCGGAUAAGGCUAUUUGUAAUCACGUGGACGGAAUUUGUCGAAAUGGAUGUGAAGACGGUUAUACCGGACAAAAAUGUAGCACAAUAUGUCCUCUCAAACACUACGGUAGAAAUUGUUCCAGUUUAUGUUCUUCAAAAUGCUUGGGUACCUGCAAACAUACUGAUGGUUCUUGUACAUGCAGUCCUGGUUGGAUGAAACCUCCUAAUUGCAACACAAAAUGUCUUCACGACAAAUAUGGAGAAAAUUGCAGUAAUGUAUGCAGUUCGAAUUGUGUAAACGGGACCUGUGAUAGAUUCAAUGGGAGUUGUACUGAGGGAUGUAAAGAACCAUAUUAUGGAGAAAUGUGUAAUCAAAGUGAGUAG